UGUCACCCAAAAUGUCAGCACCCUAAGAACUCAUGCACGGGGGUUAUUACAGUACCAUUUACUUUAAAAGAUACGCAUGUGUUUUCUUCAUGCCAGUAUAUAAUGGUCCGUCAAUGUGGCCAUAGUCUACGUUUAAUGACAAUACAGUAGUAGUCAAAAGCUAGCUAGCUAGCUAGCUAUCGCCAGCUAACAGUUAGGACCUUCAUGCUGGAAGGUAACUGACAGCAGCUUAACGACAACAUGUCCCUUUCUCUAGUUAAACGGUGGUGUGACACACCACUGCUAAGACGUGUUUUACAGUUCAAAGAGUACAGGAGGAAAAUACAAAGCUGUAAUAUGACCUACACACUGUUAAGACACCGCUGGAUGAAAAGGCUGCCUGUGUUCUCCAGCAGCUUCAGGAUAAUCAGCACUAAAACAGAUAAGGAUACGAUUGACCUGUCUAAGUUUCCUGUGGACAGAAUCAGGAAUUUUUGCAUCAUCGCUCAUAUUGACCAUGGAAAAAGCACGUUGGCUGACAGGCUGUUGGAAAUAACAGGUGCCAUAGCAAAGACUGACAAGAACAAGCAGGUGUUGGACAAGCUUCAGGUGGAGCGAGAGAGAGGGAUCACAGUGAAGGCUCAGACGGCCUCGCUGAUCUACAGCUACGAGGGAGAGCAGUACCUCCUGAACCUCAUUGACACGCCGGGUCAUGUGGACUUCAGUUACGAGGUUUCUCGAUCGAUUUCAGCCUGCCAAGGGGUCCUGUUGAUUGUCGACGCCAAUCAGGGGAUUCAGGCGCAGACAGUUGCCAACUUCUACUUGGCUUUUGAAGCUCAGAUGGCCAUCGUCCCUGUCAUCAACAAGAUUGAUUUAAAAAAUGCUGAUCCAGAGCGAGUGGAGUCCCAGAUUGAAAAAGUUUUUGAUAUUCCAUGUGAGGAAUGCAUUAGGAUUUCAGCUAAGCUUGGAAUAAACAUUGAAGAGGUUCUCCGAGCGGUUGUGGAGAGAAUCCCCCCGCCCGCGGCAAGUAUUGAUGAACCUUUUAAAGCCCUCGUGUUCGACUCCACCUUCGACCACUACAGAGGGGUGGUGGCCAACAUCGCUCUGUUCGGGGGUCGGGUCAAGAAAGGGGACAAGGUCGUGUCGGCGUAUCUCGGGAAAACCUACGAGGUCAACGAGCUGGGGCUCCUCCGGCCGGCUGAGCACCCGACACAGAAGCUGUUUGCAGGCCAAGUAGGCUACAUAAUAGCAGGGAUGAAGGAUGUGAAGGAGGCGCAGAUUGGGGACACUCUCUACCUCCAAGAGCACCCGGUGGAAGCUCUUCCAGGGUUUAAACCCGCCAAAGCAAUGGUCUUUGCUGGCAUGUAUCCCAUGGACCAGUCAGAGUACCCGGCCCUUCGCAGUGCCAUUGAGAGGCUGACCCUGAAUGACUCCAGUGUCACGGUGCAGAGAGACAGCAGCAUGGCCCUGGGAGCCGGCUGGAGGCUGGGCUUCUUGGGUCUUCUGCACAUGGAGGUGUUCAACCAGAGGCUGGAGCAGGAGUACAACGCCUCAGUGAUAGUAACAGCCCCCACUGUUCCCUACAAGGCUGUGCUCUCUUCACCCAAACUCAUCAAGGAACACGGCAGUGAGGAGAUCACCGUGGUGAACCCGUCUCACUUCCCAGAUAGAGCCGUUGUGUCUGAGUAUCUGGAGCCGAUGGUGCUGGGGACCAUCCUCACUCCGGACAGCUACACCGGCAAGAUCAUGACCCUCGCCUUGAACCGCAGAGGGAUCCAGCAGAACAUGGUGUACAUAGACGACCAGCGAGUCAUGAUGAAGUAUCUCUUCCCUCUCAAUGAAAUCGUUGUGGAUUUCUACGACCUGCUCAAAUCGAUGUCCUCCGGUUACGCCAGCUUUGACUAUGAGAGCGCAGGCUACCAGGCUGCUGAUCUGAUAAAGAUGUAUAUCCUGCUGAACGGGGAACCUGUGGAAGAACUCAUCACCAUUGUGCACAGAGACCGUGCGUACAACAUGGGGAAAGCCAUGUGUGAGCGCCUCAAAGACUCCAUACCCAGGCAGAUGUUUGAGGUGGCUAUACAGGCAGCUAUUGGAAGCAAGGUCAUCGCGAGGGAAACGAUAAAGGCGUUCAGAAAAAAUGUUCUCGCUAAAUGUUACGGAGGUGACAUAACACGGAAGAUGAAGCUGCUGAAGAGACAGGCGGAGGGGAAGAAGAGGAUGAGGCGCAUCGGCAACGUGGAAGUUCCCAAAGACGCUUUCAUUAAUGUUCUGAAGAGGAAAGAGAAAUAGACUGAAGUCGUAGUAGUAUUUUAUUGUUAUAUAUAUUGAUAUCAUUAUCAUAUGCAGCAGGUUUUUUUAAAAGGCCCUGCCAGAUUUUCUCGAAAUAAAAUAGACAUUGUUUCCGCAAA